AUGGGCGGCUACGACAAUGGUUGCGCUAUUUGCGGCGCUAAGGUAGAACAGCUAAUCUACGAUGACGAUGAUGGUGACAAUGUUGCCCACGACGAUGUCGAUAAUAAUGUCGAUGAAGAGAGCGACGAUGUUAAUGAAGAGGAAAACGAUGACGACGAAGGUGACGACCAAGACAAUGAUGAAGACGACAAUGAAAACAACGACGAUAAUGAGGAUAGCAACAACAACGACCAGGGAUACGACGAAUCGCUCAUCAAACUCAAAGACGUCCUCUGGAUGAAGGAUGUCCGAGUCAUGAGCGAGAACCGCGAAGCCCUGUCCAUGAACAAAGUAUUUAUCUCCGGGCUUGCGCAGUACGAUGACUGGGGAUUCUUCGAUGUGGAGCCUGGAAAUCAUCCCAACUUUCCAACACGAGAGCAGAUGGACUAUGACCGGGAUGGUAAAGUCAAUCUCAGAUGCUAUGACUGGGGUACAGACCACGCAUUCGCAGUUGCGUUCCAUGCCCCAUGUCUCCGCAUCCUCGAGGAAUUCGUGUCAAUGCAGCUCAAAGCGGGAAAGAUCAUUGACGAGGAGAUCCUGUAUCAGACGUUCAAAGACUUCGUAAGUGAGGGCGACGACUUCGCACAAUGCCUGACCAAGAUUGACUACGGCAUCGACACUACGCAGCAGUACUGGGAACCGAACCGUGGCGAGGAGUAUUGUGUGAUGAACCCCAUGGAUAUCCCACAGUUGCAGGAUUAUUAUGACGAGCUGCCAUUUCUGCAGGACGUAGACAUGGACACAAAGACCCAUAGGGAUGUCAGCGCCGCGCAGCUAUCCAACGACCCCCUGGCAAGACUACCCCCAGAGCUGCUGUUUGCAAUCCUAAUAACCUUGCCAAUGGCCUCUGUCAACUCCCUCCGAGCUGCCAGCCCAGCCGUCGCCCGGUUAGAGCUGAACAACGGCUUCUGGAAACAAAAGCUUCGAUAUGACAUGCCGUGGCUAUUCGACCUACCUGACGAUGGGGAUGAAGAGCUGGACUGGGCCAAAUGCUACGCGGACCUACGCGCCCGCAGCCAAAAUGGCAGUCCUGCUCAGAUUCGAGCAUUGGUCAACCGGCGAAGAAUAUGGGGGGUCUGUGAGCAGUUCGCUCCUUCAUAUUGCAGGAGGAAGGCUGUCAAGGAUGAGGAACGCAGUAGAUCACAGGGGUCGUUACUGAGCCAAGCUACAUCAACCCCAAUACGACGCCUUACUUCGCCACAAGCAAAAACCGACUCUUUGGCCCUAGCGUUGCUCAGGUCUUUGUCGGAUCUCGAUCAUGAACUUCCCACUCUGUCUGUGUUCUGGACCACAAAAGGGGCUCUGUCGGGAUUCGGCGUUCAACGGGCAAAUAUGGACACUAUCGGGAGCCCUGAGAAGUUCGCUAUACGCGACGAGGUAAAAGUUGAAAAGAAUGACUGGAUAAGAGGGUUCAUUGUGACUUCAACAAAGGCUGAUGGAGACGCUGCCCGAAGAAAAGUUGUCGGACUCAAGGUUCUCUUCAUACACGGAGAGCCCAUCCAGCUAGGGCAAAGCAACGGAGACCACAUACUUAUCCACACUGAAACCGAUCGCGUCUUGGCCGGACUACUCGCGCAGUGGUCGCCAGGGAACCCUAUAUCAGGGCUUUCACUGCUCCAUGUUCCUGUCUCCAAGGGCUUUCCCCAUGCAGCAGAACUAGCCAAAGCACAAGCAGGCAAACCAGAAUCCGCCACAGGAAGCGGCUCUAGGCUGUGGAGAGACCAUCUACCACCACCGGAGAUGACCCUUUCAGAGGAGAGACUCGGCUACUGGUCAUUGGACUUCAAGGGCGACAUGGUACCAAUGGAAGCACUUGUGUUCGGACAGGACGAGGACGAACUCGCAGCCAUCACAGAGGUUGCAGGGGAUGUCCAGUUUGGUGCCUUCGAAAUCCGCUAUACCAACAAACCAACCAAAACGAUCGGUCCACGCCCACUAACCAUGAAAUCACUUCCCAUUGACGGACCCGGCGGAGAACGCAUUGUCGCUGUCGGCUUAACCGUCGGGCAUAUCACGACCAGCAUCCGGUUCAUCACGAACUACAACCGCCAGCUCGUCCUCGGGAGUUGCCAGCCCAACCAUCGCUCCGAGACUAUAUAUGGCUCGACGGAAGAAAAGCCCUUCCGCGGCAUCUACUGCAACUGGUCCUUGCGUUCCUCGCCGAAGGCGAGUCUCCAAUGUAUCGCCGGCUUGUUUUCUCCAUCUCCUGAAGUAUCGGCAGGGGAGCUACCAGCAGGACCCCAGGACACCACAUCCGAUGAUGGCCCGCACUGGUGGGAGCCAUGUCCUCCACCUGCCGGUUGGACCGCCGUAGGACCUAUAUAUGGAGCCCACGAAACACCCUAUAAUCCCCUGCGUCCGGGCGUGUCCUAUCCAACCACCAGUGCAGUCGUGGCUUGGGUCGACUGUACCCGGCCGGUCCGUAAAGUCCAGCUUAACGUCGCGCACAGAACAUCGAACCUCCCCUUUACACCCACUAGUCUGAUCCUGGAGUACACAGACGGGUCAAUAAGCAGCAUCGGACCAAUCCGUCUCGCCUCCCCACCGGAUACCGACGGCGAGAACGGUUUCCCCUGGUGCUGGUGCAGCUACGAUAUCAAACUGCCGGAAUCUGAGUCCCCUCUCGGGAAGAUACCACACUAUUCCGCAGCGGACGAGUGGAGCAUUGAAGGUGGAGCGGUGCUAGAUUCCUGUCGCCUGUGGGUGGAUGAUGAUGGUCCAUUACGCGGUAUUCAGUUUGUUUCUACCGACGGUGGUGAGAGUCCGCGUUGGGGUGUCUGUGAUGGCGAGCCUGCGGUGAUUGGAUUUGGUAGGCAGUCUGACAGUGAAGCUGGGAAUAGGGCGGUUGGAUUGAAGGUGUUUUUGGAUAGUAAUCAGAGGCCGGUUACCUAUCCGGAUACUGUUAUUGUUGGGAUCCAGGCUUUGGCUGAGUCUUAG